UAUUUAGAGCGGCUCACUCCUCAAGUCCUCAUGCCAAUGCAUAUCGCAGCGAGUCCAUCGGAGGUGGCGAUUCUUCCAAGUUGGAUACACUCUUAUUCUCCAUUUAAAUGUAUGCUAAACAAUCGUUUCUAGGUGAAACCUUUCUUACCUGUAACCGGUAUAUUCGAUGGAUUUAAAUGGAGUAUUGACAGUGUUGCUAACUGUCUGGAAUGGCCACUGUCGAAGGCCACCGGGGAAGGUCGGACAUAAUGUGGGAAUUUUAAAAACUCUAACCUUCAUCCUUACAAAACGUAAGGUUGCGUAGUGGUUCUAUCGGUUUCCUGUUAAAUUGCCUUCAAGGGGUAUCCCUUAAACUUUACAAAGUGACGAAACUUUCCAGUUCUAGUUGUAAAUUUCGUGUGCGACCUCUUACCAUGACUUGCUAUGUGUGCGUCGCGCAACUGUGCCAUUUCAGAUAAUGAUUUCCCUCUUCCAUCAGCUGUUAAAAUGGAUCUUCAGCUUUUGACUCUGUGUAUCGCCAUCACCUCUUUUGUAGAUUUUACUCAUUGUGCUAUUUUUGUAUUAUCGGAAUGUCAGUGUGUGGAUCACUUCUAAAGAAAUCUUCGUAAAAAAAAUCGACCUCCAAAGCCUUAAAAUAAAAUUGUAUUAAAUUGCGAAGUACCUACCUGUCAAUAUUAAUUGGACUACAUUUUGCAAUUUGGAACCAUAAAUUUUAGCCCGGUUUAAAAACAACGUAUGUGCCAUUAGUUUUCCUAUGCAAAUCAGUGUUUUUCCAUAAGAGUCAAAAUUUAUAAUUCCAAAUUGCAAAAUGCAGUCCAAUUAUCGAUUAAAAACAAUAAUUCUGCCCAAAUUUCAAGGUUUUGAAAUUGGUUUUUUACAAAAUAAAUAUCCCUCAGUGGUUGAGUCAGAGACUGGCAUCUUGAUAUUUCCAAAAUAAUCCUCCCUACUAAGGUAGAAAAAUCUAUUGAUCCCAUCAUGAAUACGUUGCGUUCAAAAGGAGGAUUCGCUCUUAAAAGUUCAACUUACACUUACGAUUGUCUUUUGUUGAAAACAAAAUUUGUAUUUGUCACCGCAGUUGCAUGCUAAGUCACCAACACGAGAAAAUUGGAAAAUUUCCAUUCCUCGAAAAUAUGUUCUCUAUUAAGGCGUAAAGCAAUUUUGAAAAUUUGAAUGUACACAAUUUUCCUGAAAAAACGCCUCAUUUGAUUGAAGAACGCCGUAAAAUAAAACCUACUCUCUCUAUAAUCCCCAUAGUUCAUCGUAGAGCCCCAUUCUUAAAAUUCAUCGCACAUAAAUGCACUUAGUGAAGCUACAUAUUUAGUAAAUUGAUAAAAAAGUUUAUUAACAAAGAGUCAACUUAAGUCGCAGUUUGUCUGCCAUUUUUCGCUUCAUUGUAACAGAUUCAUUUUUCAAAAGUUGAAUUUUUCCUCUAAAUUUCAAAAACAAUAAUUGGAUUUGGAUUUUUUGUAAAACUUGGUGAAAUAAAUACCCGAUUUGUUCACAAGCUUUGUUCCAUUUAUGUGAAUAGCACGUUCCAUUCGUAAACGUUCACUUGAUUUGAGCUUCAUACGAUAACUUUGAUUCGAAAAGAACGUUUCUACGAGACAAUGUGAAGUCUCGUUUUAUAACGAAGGUCGUGGUGUGUCUUGCGCAGAAAAUUAUCUUCAAGCCUUUUUUCUUCUCGUGAGAUGAGCGAAGUAGCACGUUACACCAAGAAAAUGUGCUGAGCUAAGACAGAGCAGAGGUAGCUUAACUGCAUUGUUGUCACUUGAGGCUAACAUAACAUGAUAAGCCUUCCUCUCAAGCUCCAUUCCUACAUUUCACUUUUUUUAAAGCAAGAAAGAAAGCAAAAAAAAACCUCUUUAAGUUUCAGUUUUUUGGAAAUUUUUUCCAUUUGUAUUUUAUGUGUAUUUGAUCUAGACUUUAUGAUUGAAUUGCCUUCUAUAAAGCCUCGCCACAGGACGUAGAGGAGCGGCUGAAAUUUUCCCUUUUUUUGGGGAGGGGAAGGGGGGUGCUGAUGCAAAUGAUCACGUGAAAUUAUACCAUUAAUCAAUUAGUACGAUAGAUACAAUAAACUAUUUUGAAUAGCCGAUGUAAACAAACAAGUUGUAUAUAUUUCGGUUGUAGGAAAAAAAUACUAAUUCUUAUAAUCUAAUCAUUGUUACCACAAUUUUAUUAAUGAUAGAUGAAAUUGUGUGGAAUAAACUAUUUCAUACAUCCAGGCUGUCCUUGUUAAGCCAAAUUUAAUAGGUAUAAUAAUACAAAAUUACAAGAAAUUAGUAUGAUAGAGCUCACUGAAAAAAACAAUUCUUGGGGUAUUAUUAUGACCUAUAAAGCGUUGCCUCUUGUCAACAAAAUUUGGAUUUUCUGAUUUAAAUCCGUGCGAGUUUAAUGCAAAGUCAAUUAUUUUGAAAUAAAGAAACCUUCUUUUGUUAUCGUUUUAGUAACUUAACGGUAACAAAACGAGCUUUUUUAACUAAUAAAAACUGAUGUUGAAAAAACCAAAUUUGAUUGACAAGAAACAACGCUUUAAGUCAAAAUAAUAUCUCCAGAAAAAUUUCCCUCAGUACUUUGAAAAACAAAAACAAGGAGGGAGCAAUACUCCCUCUUACCCUAGGGGAGCGAGAAAGUAAGAACGCCUCUUGCGGUUACGACGCACGGUUGAAAUUUUUUUGUUACAAUAGAAUGUUGGAAAAUCAGCGGCUAUUUUCAUUUUCUGACAUCUUGUCGGUAGUUUUUUUUACUUUUUUAAGAAAGUUCAUCGACACAAAUUUAUCUAAUUCCUUCGGACAUCACGGUGCCUAAAAGCAUUUUACUCAGCUGUAUCACUCGUCAGCUACGCAUGUCUUUCGUUCAGGUUCUCAUGUUACUCUCAUUGGAGCAGUUUAUAGGUCCACUCACAUCCAGUGACGAUUUUUUUAGUUAGCGACACUAUUUUUUCUCCUUUUAAGUACAGUAUGAACAGUCAGCAAACUUGUAAGUUUCGCCAUUGGGUCAACCCGUGAGAGUGACACAGCAAUCUAGACAACUAAAAUACCUGUGACGAAUCUAGAAGUACCGCAAUAUUAGUUUGCAGACACGUCAUCACAUUUUUUCUAAAACUUUCUUCUCGACCUUGCUGUAUUAAUUCUGAGGAUUCUAGUCACCUUUUUCUUGCAAGUAAGUGAGUUAGUGUGGAUGGUUGAAAUGAGAAACUCUCAAUAAGAGGCAUCAAAGAUUAUAAAAUUGCCAACAUCAUAAAAAAUGAGAUGGCGUGUGAAAAGUGUGUCCUUUGUUGCACGACGUUUUAACAGAACAAAGGCCGUGCCAGUUUUAAGGAAAUAAGUAUUAUUUUCAAGUGAGCUGCUGUAAAAUCUGCCGACUUGGCCAGUAUGGAUCUGAACGUGGGACCUGGCGCAAAUUCUAUCGUCGCGGGCAUAUCUUAAGCAUUCAUCAUCUUCGCGAUAAAACUAAAAGCGGGAGCACUGGGAGUAGUGCGUCUAGUCCACCAUCAUCAGUCCACAGGAUUCUUUACUGACCUGUACCACCUUUUUUCCCGUGCUUCGCCCAUUCAGCCUGAAUUCUCGUCUUUGUUUUUAAUCUUAACUUUCCUGUGACGUCAAAUCGACGCUUUUUGGUGAUCGGUUCAAGUGCAAUUAGUUGCGAUAUCUUCAGUGAAUGACAAGAAUUUUACAGUGGUUGCAUCUUGCAAUUUGAUAUCGGAAUCCACUUUGCAUUUAUUCUAUCGGAGAGAAAAUAAAUAAACCGAUAAUUUUGUAAGAUGCGUAGGUUUAUAAUGCGUACUCGCUGAGGAAACUUUAUGUCACCAAAUACCUGGGCAAAUAUCGUCUCAACUUUUUGCAAUUUUUUGUACCUCAAUUGCAAAAUCUUAAUGUAUAAAUAAAUAAAUAUCGAGAGUGAUCGGAACAUUCUUCGAGCUUGUUUUGAAAGUUCUCAUUGAACUUUGUCGUCAAAUAAACCGCAACCAAUUAUGUAUCUACUAGUUUCUGUGAUUUAUUUUCUAUCAUGAGAACUCUUGCACUCGUAGGGAUUGAAUCUACUUUUGGAAACUUUUGGAGUGGUGAAGUUACUCAAUUUAUGAGCGUGGUGUCCGUCGGAAAACCUUCAACUUUUUUCCAAUCAGUGUUUUGAUGAUUUUAUCUUGCUUUUCCCCGCAUCUUUUAAUUAAUUUAAAACAGAUUAUACUGGCAUUUUUUGCAUUUUAAAUGAAGGUGAGCCGAAGAGUGCCUCGCAUUGAGAGGACAAAAACCGUCACAUUAACAAGUAAAUUAAUUUGUCCGAAGGAUCGUAUUCUGUCAAAAGUUUCCAACGGCUUCCGGAGCCAGAGGUGACUCUUGCAUUGACUUCUGAACAAGUUGAGUAGAGAUCUCUCUGAUAAGGAUUCUGUCUGAGAGCAUUUGACUUGUUCUAAUUAGAGUUUUAUCUCGCAUUUUUCUCCUCAACUUUCAAUUGAAUGGAAAGACAUUGGACUAUGAAGUGCGAGGCGGUUUGUAUGACGGAUGCAGUUAUUGUGACUUGAGUGCGUGAAUAAACUUAUCUGUAUCGGGUGAAAAUUUUGCAACAUGGCAGUGACUGCUUUCGUGGUAGCAUAAAUCCUGGGCAAGUUUCGUCAAACUAGAGGAGCAUUCUUUCACUCACGCAGCGGAGGAAAUUUUUAAAGUUUACGCGCCAAGGUCGAGAGUGGCUUUUCAUUUGCAGCGAAAUUUAUGCAAUUAGCGCCGUCCCUUUUUUCCCCGGGCCUCGGGCGUCGUCGUAACUCGGAAACUUUCGGGGCGUCAAACAAGCUUUUAAGUGCGGAAUUCGCCAACUCGCGACUCGCCAAAUUGAAACAGAGCGAUAAGAGGGGGCGCCCGGGUGAGGCUCCAUCGUCCGCGAAACGCGUGCCCCCCCCCCUUCGCCCUUCGCCCUUCGCCGCCCCCCCCUCCCUCGCGUGAGCUUGAAAAAGCGGAGUGCGAAAAGCGGCAAGUUGGGCGGAUCCAUGCUCGGAUACUCGGGUGACUAUCAUGGCGGUUGCCAAGCUCGUAACUCGGGUGAGCUUUUCAUUAGUGUGCGUCAAGUUUUGAAAUCCCCUCCGUCUUGAGGAAACUUCCGGGAACUUGCCCCGAGAGCGGUGCAGUAUAAAAUACCUCUCGAUCCGCUCAUUAGUUAUAAUAAUAACGUCUGUUGCACUCGCACUAAAUCCUUUUCGCUCCGGCGUGUGUAGCUUAAUGACUCCGCCAGCUUAACUCACUCCUCAAAGCUCCGCCGAACUAAGAAGGUUUUCUCUAUUAAUUACCAAACAGGCAAUUAAUCGAGUGUUUCUCCGUUGACGCUAACUUCUCCAAUAGAUCAUCUCCAGGAAUAUAUAAGUUGGGUGCAACGUGCUAUAGAGGCCGCGCGUGUGGUCUUCAGAUUGAAACUAUUGAUUGAUGAUCCAUUCAUGGACCCCAAAUUAUCAAAAAAAUAAACGGAAACAAUAUUUUAAGUCUUGUAGAUCCGAUCAUAGACGGACAAAGUUGUUGAAAAAAGAACUUGUAUACUAGAAGUAAAUGUAUGGUACACGCAAAGAAGAAAAAUUUCAAUUUGACUAUCAACAGCCUUUUGUGCGAUAAAUCUCUUGUCAGAAUAAAGAGGGGGAACAUUAACAGUGUUUGAGAACACAUUAAGAUCUGUCCACCAUAUUCUUGUGACAACUUAUCUCGAUCAUUUUUUACACUUGUCCAAUAGCUGCAUGGAAUUUUAGCUGCCUGAUCAAUUGUUAAAACCAUCACCGGCACAUUUUUACUGGACUUUUGAAUUUUAAUCAGUCUUGAACAUUCAAAAGUUUAAUUUGACGACAAAGAACGAAAGACUUUUCGUCACCGUUUAUUUUAUCUCUUUUUAAAUUUUUUUAUCAAGGCAUUAAAGUUCAAUUACCCACUGGGAUUUUUUUUUUAAAUUCUCAGGCCAAUACUAUUUCUGGAGGUCAGAAUAAUUGCUUACAAUUGAGAACAGUCUUAUCACCAUUUUAAGCAAAUUAUCACGGGUCAGAGGCUAUAAAGAAACUGUGUAGUUUCUCAUCCAAAACUUCAAAUAACCGCUAUAAUUGUACUGAAAUUGAGAUAGAAGUGUCGUCCUGAUGUUUUAAAAAACCAUCUUAUCGCAUCGCGAUUUUAUAAUUCGUCACUUAAAUUAUAUUGGAAUUAUGAAAAAAUUAUCGUCCUAACGUCCCCAAAAAACUGUUCCGCUAAAGUGUGCUUUUGAAACUGUCUCGUUGCAUAUCUCACAUGCACUCAAAAAUCAUUCAAGUGUCGCUGCAAUCUACAGAUGAGCAUCGUCCUAUGUUCCGCAUUUCGAACUCGAUAUUAAUCAUCUAGGCAUUAGAGAUCAGGAAGAACUGUCAACUUAAAGAUGGGCCGAAACGAGCUUUUCUUCAUAUCGAAAGCGACUUGCUUAGUGUUAUUCGGCUACCUCCUGGUUCCGGCCGGUUCCCACUGUUGCCCGGCUCUGUUGAGCGGUUCCUGCCCGAUGGACAAACUAUCCUCGACCUACGCCUGCUGCUCGUACGGCAAGUGCAACCUCUUCUGCUGCAACUGCGAGCUGGAGUGCAGACUCAAGGGCUGCAGCUACGAGCUGGAGGACGCCGUCUUCUCGGACGUGAGCGACCCCGAGGUCCGGGUUUCCAACACCCUCCACUGCAGCCGCGCCGGGCCCUCCUGCCACCUGAGCCUCACCAUCCAGCACGUCUUCGAGGCCUCGACCGAGCUCGGCGUCCAGCUCUCGGUCCCGGUGCUCCGGCUCAUCAACGACCGCUUCGCCGUCACCUACCGGGCCAACGUGACGGAGCGCACCGCGGCCGGGCUCGGCUACCGCUGCGCCAUCCCGCCCGGGCACCGCGGGUGGGCCACCCAGGCGCCCCGCUUCGCCGUCCUCGCCGGCGCCUUCGUCCACAGGUGCUGCCACCCGCGCGGCAAGUGCAACGUCACCGCUCGUCGCAGCUUCCGCUUCCGGAAACCCAUCGUCGCCGAGCAGGGCCUCAACGUCGGAGACAUCUACUGCCGCACCCAAGAGGAUCCCCUCGAUGUUGCCCACGGACCUAGAGGGGAGGGGGGAAGUAGGCUUAGGGAGAAUUUUAUCCUCGUCUUGUUCUUGAUGCUCGCCGGCUUUCUCCUUUUGUAUAUGUUUGUGUACCUCGCGUCUAUACUCCUCUCUUUGUAUCAAAAUUCUACGGCCAGGUCGCAUUCCUAAUCCUCGUGCCAAUGAAUUUACAUCACUGCCGUCCAACGCAAAAACGCCCUAAACGUUAUUUUACAUUUUUUGGAAACGAUAUA